AGUUUCGGUCGCAGCAGGAUGGUGACGUCACGUAGUUUGUCUGUUUCCUUGGGCCGGCGGCUUUCGGUUGAGAUUGGUAACUGUUGAUUUUAAGGUGAAGAUGGCCGCAGGUCCCCUCUCUAUAUCUUCCGCUGCAUCCCCAAAUAACGAUGGCAUUCUUAUUGGUGACAAAGUUUACUCAGAAGUGUACCUUACUAUCGACAACUCGCUUAUACCGGAGGAAAAGCUCUCUCCGACGCCUUCGAUGCUUGAUGGCCUCGACCUGAACACGGAGACCGACCUUCGUAUCCUAGGAUGUGAACUAAUUCAGUCGGCGGGCAUUCUUCUUCGGUUACCACAGGUUGCAAUGGCAACGGGACAGGUUCUUUUUCAUCGUUUUUUCUACUCCAAAUCGUUCGUCAAGCAUAGUUUUGAGAUUGUUGCUAUGGCUUGUAUCAACUUGGCAUCCAAGAUUGAAGAGGCACCGCGUCGAAUACGAGAUGUCAUCAAUGUUUUCCACUAUCUGAGACAGCUCAGAGGCAAAAGGACUCCAAGUCCACUGAUACUUGAUCAGAACUACAUAAAUACCAAAAACCAAGUCAUCAAAGCGGAACGGCGGGUCCUGAAGGAGCUGGGCUUCUGUGUGCAUGUCAAGCAUCCACACAAGAUUAUCGUCUUGUACCUUCAAGUCCUGGAAUGUGAGAAGAACCAGACACUGGUCCAGACGGCCUGGAACUACAUGAAUGAUAGCCUGAGGACAAAUGUGUUUGUGAGGUUUCAAGCUGAGACUAUUGCCUGUGCCUGCAUAUACCUCGCUGCCCGAGCUCUGCAGAUACCGCUGCCAUCCAGACCUCAUUGGUACCUGCUGUUUGGAGUGAGUGAAGAGGAAAUUAAAGACAUCUGCAUCACCACCCUUAGACUUUACACCAGAAAAAAGCCCAACUAUGAGCAGCUGGACAAGGAGGUGGAACGAAGGAAGGUGUUCUUGGCAGAGGCUAAGCUGAAGGCCAAAGGCCUGAACCCUGACGGUACCCCUGCACUGUCCACGCUAGGUGGCUUCUCUCCUGCUUCCAAGCCAUGUUCCCCAAAUGUGGUCAAGGUAGAAGAGAAGUCCCCAAACCCCCAGACCCUCAAACAAAUUAAGAAGGAGACAGACAACCGGACUCAGGUCAACAAGAGUCCACACAAUGGGUUGAGGAAAGAGGCGAAGACUGGGAGGAAUAGUAGAAGCGGAAGUCGUUCUUGCUCAAGAACACGGUCCCGGUCUAGAUCCCGCUCCCCUCGCAGACAUUACAACAGCAGACGCAGUCGCUCAGGGACCUACAGCUCUCGCUCACAUUCUCGCUCUCACAGUCGCAGCCCAUCACCACGGCGACAUCAGCCCUCACCCUUUCUUCAACACUUAAAGUCCAAGACCAGCCACCAUGGCAACAGCGACUCCAAGCCCAGCGGACACCACAGCAACAGUGGAGGUGGAGGAUCUGGUCACAAAAGGAAGCGCUCGCGUUCUCGGUCACGGUCCCGCAGUCCAGUGAAAGCAGACAGGGACCGGGACAGAGAGAGGGAACGGGAGAGAGACAGAGACCGCAACUCCUUUGACCUCUCUUCAAAGAAACACAAACAUGAGCGAGGAGGUGGUCAUCGAGGAGAGAGGAGGGAGAGGGACAGGUCUCGGUCCUAUGACAGAGAGAGAGAGAGGGAACGUAGCCACAAGAGCAAACACCACAGCAGCAGUGGGCACUCAGGACAUAGCCGCCACCGGCGCUGAGACAUAGACACAUAGCAACGGGAUGACGGUCACUGAAAUGUUUUCACUUAUUUUUUUCUUUGUUGGUUUUGGACAGAUUUUUGUUGCUAAAGCUGGAUUCUGCAUUUUCAAAAAGCAGUCUAGUUUUUCUUUUUUUUUUUACAAUAGGGGAUGCAGACUUUAAAACAUUAUGGUUGUCAAUUUGUUUUUCUUUUGUCUGCAUGUGUACAUGUUAAAUUUUUAUUCAAUAAAUGAGUUUAAUGCCACUGAACUGUUGACUCAUCACUGAACUGGUCC